AUGGAGACGGCAUCAAUGCUCUCCGCCCUGAAGGGCGAUAAACUGAAAGACUCGUCACAAUGGCGAGCAUGGCACAAGAGGAUGAGGGCAUUCGCAAUUAAUCGGACAGUCUGGGACCUUUGCAACCCCGACACCGAUGGAGCCCUUCGUCCGAAGGCUCUGAGAGAGCCACAGGAGCCUGAGUAUCCGCUGGAUGCGGAUCCUGAAGCUAAAAAGGAGUGGAGAGACCUCUUGGAGGUCUACAAAAUUGGUGCCAACCGCUGGGAGAAGCAGCGGAAGGGCCUCAAUGAAGUGAAUGAGUAUAUCAUCACCUUCGUGGAUAGCGGUCUCCGUGACGCAGUCCUCGAAUUCGACACCCCGUAUGACCGUCUAGCCUAUCUCAAGACUAGGUUCGCGCGUACGCCCGCGUUCAAGGAAGAAAUUCGGAUGCAAUGGAGAGCUUUCUCGACCGUAAAACCAGCGGGGGAUAUCGAGAAAUGGCUUGCUUCGUGGACCGAGCUAUGGCAGCAAGCAGUUAGCCUCCAGCUUCCUGAAGUUGAGAGCGCAAACCAGGACUUCUUGCAAGCAGUCAAAGAGGUCUUACCAAUCUGGUGGCAGGCAAAAUAUCAAGAGAUAGUGAUGAAUGGAGCCUCGUACGACACUCAGGAUUUGAUUGAGUCCUUCAGAGGCCUGUAUCGAGAAUUUGGACCAUCGGAAGCAUUACAGCCGCCAGCGUUAAAGGGGUCUUUCUCCACUUGGCAGGGUCAUCAGGAAGCAAGAAAUGACUCUAGGAAGCCAAGGGAAGACAUACCUUUUGAGAAAAGGCCAUGCCCAUGCGGCAGCAAGCAUCCGAAGCAUCAACUCACGAACUGCUGGGUCGUCAAUGAAGCAGUUCGACCCGACGGUUAUCAGCCAAAGAGGGAAAACCUCCAAAAAAUGGAGAGAGCUCUAUCGGCCGACCCAGCAUGGAGGAAAUGGAUCCAUGAAACCAUCGGAAAACCCAUGGAAAAACUGUCAAAAAUGCCGGCAAAUGCCGUCCAAUUAAACCUAGGAAAUACGUCCUUUUCAACCCAGGAAAUUGGGUCAAAAAUUGCUAUCUCAGCACUUCAUGACCGAUGGAUUCUUGACACCGGCUCCGGCGUCCAUGUCUGUAAUGAGAGAAGCUGGUUCGUCAACCUCACGCCAGUAAAGGAAGCUCUCGUAACGGGAGACGGCAGUACAGCCGUCAUUGGACGAGGGACGGUGAAGCUCACCGGCGCGGACCCGAUAUCAGGGCAAGAGAAGAUCAUCACCUUAAGCAAUGCUUGCUACGCGCCUGGGUUCCACGUCAACCUAGUAUCGUACGCUAGGUUGCGAGAAAAGGGUGGUGAAUGGUCUGAAGCUAAAGGGUAUAUCCAGGACCACCAGGGUAUCCCCAUAAUUAGCUUGCAUCUUAGGAAGCAGCACGGGUUGUGGAUCUUUGACCAACCCAAUGAAGCUUUUCAGACCACUGCCAAUGCAGUAUCCUCGGCACCAAGGCAGGAAAAGGGUUCAAUGGAGCUAUGGCAUCGACGUCUAGCCCAUAUACAGCCUGCAACUCUCAAGCAAAUGCCAAAAAUGGUCGAGGGAGUCACCAUUAAUGAGGAGGAAGCAACUCCUAAGGCUGUAUGCGAGACAUGCAGCCUAGGAAGGUCGAAUCGACAAGUGUCAAGGAAGCCAAUUGGACGAAGCUUUGGCCGUUUUGGAAGAGUACACUUCGACCUCAUACAGCUUCCUUAUGCCUACAAUAAGCAUCGAUGGAUCUCUCAUUUUUACGUCGAAGGAAUUAGGUUUCACUGGGUUAUGACGCAUGAAAUGAAGUCUGAAUGUCAGCUAGCCAUUACCCAGUUCGUCCAAAUAGCCAAGAAUUGGUGGAACCUACCUAUCAAGGCCUUCCAUUAUGACAAUGAAACUUCCGCAGGAAGGGUGUCAGAACGGAGUCUAACAUCGGACGGUAUAGUGGUCUAUCACAGUCCACCAGGGCAUCCAGAAAUGAAUGGAAACGCUGAAAGAGCAGGGGGUGUCAUUCUCAUACGUAUGAGGAUGCUGACACUUGAAGGCAAGCUCCCGAAGGAGCUAUGGCCUGAAGCAGCAAUGGCAGCAGUCUGGCUGCUAAAUCGGACGCCUACCUAUAUCGCGCAUGAGAACCGCUGGGUAGUGCCAUGGGACGAGGUCCGCAAGAGAUUCGCCAGCGACGGCGAAGCUAUUCCGAAGGUCAACCUAUCAAACGUGAGGUUGUAUGGAAGCCUUGCUUACUGCCGUAUUGAGAAGCAAGUGCAAUCGGAUAAGAUGAAUCCACGCGCUGAGGUCGGUUUCCUAGUCGGCUAUCUAGCAGCAAAUGUCUGGAAAAUAUGGUUUCCUCAGCAUGGAAAGGUCAGGCUGGUUAGGGAUGCCGUAUUCGAUGAAUCACGUCGAUACUCACUAGGUUUUCAACCCUCUCAGCCGAUUCCAAUGCCAUUGGAGAAGGAGCCGCAGGAAUUGGACCUAGCGGAGGCUGAGAGAGUAUUCCAGGCAUCAUUAACAAAUGGAGAGAUACUUGAAUUGGAAGCUAGGACCGAUAACGAAGACGUCCAGGAAGGACCAGUGAGAAAUGAGACUCCAGGAAGAGAUAGUUCUUCGGCCGAAAAACCAUCUCAUACAGCAAGCCGCCAAGGGGUGUAUAAUACACCUAGCAGCCGACGUUUUGAACCUAUAUCGGUCCUACCAGGCGCUUUCCCACAGGAAAUUCCACUACCUCCGACACCUCCAAGUGAACAAGAACCUCCUGCAGCUCGUCAGGGGGUGGAGACACCGGAAAUGCCGGCCAGAGACCAGCUCCAGGAGGUCCAGCAAGCGACCCAGGAAGCUCAGGAAAACAGUGAAUCGGACGAUGAAGCUGAAGCACAGCUGCAAGCGGAGCUAGCACCAAGAGAACUAGCUCCAAGAGACAUCAACGGCGACCUAGAUGAGGCAAAUAUAAUGUCUGGACCAAGAAGAAGGUCAGCAAAACGGGAUGAUGCCUUCGCGUACGCUACCAUGGAAGAACCCCCAGCCUUCCUCCAUGCAUUCGCAGCGGCCCUAUACGCGGAGAAGCCAAUAAGACGUCAUCGGGACGAUCUACCUGAUCCCCCGAAACAUUGGAAAGACGUCAUGAAUCACCCAUUUCAACAAGGCUUCCUAGCCGCCAUGCGCAGAGAAAUAGACUCUCUCACAGAGAAAGAGACGUAUAAGGUGGUAGAUCGUCCAAAGGACCGGGGAAAGCAGGUCUUGCCGCUGCUAUGGGUCUUCUCAUACAAAUUAGACCAGGACGGCUUCCUAGUCAAAUUCAAAGCUCGCAUUUGCGUGAGAGGAGACCUCGAGACAAUUACAUCAGAGGAAAAGAGGGCUGCAACGCUAGCAGCUAGAACCGCGCGAAUGAUCUUCGCGUUGGUAGCAGCAUUCGACCUGAAUUUGAGACAGCGGGACGCUGUGACAGCAUUCCUUAACAGCAGGCUGGAAAAGGAGGUAUACACCAGGAUGCCGGAAGGUUUUGGGAUGCAAGGAAAAUGCUGGAAGCUUCACAAAGCGCUAUACGGGCUAAGAAUCUCACCGCGCCUGUGGCAGCAGGAAGCAGCAGAGGUUCUUAGCAAGCUAGGCCUAAAGCAAGCACCCGAAGACCCAUGCGUCUUUAUUGGAGAAGGAAUCAUCGUCUUCUUUUACAAAGGGACCUCGAAGCGCAUUGGGAGCUUACUGACCAUGGAGAAGCUGAAUGACCUGAAGCCGUACGAAGGCAUUGCAAGCGCGCAAGAAAUACACCUAUAUCAGCAAAAGCACCACCGAGCCGUCGAUCGGGCUAUCACCUACCUCUACACCACCCGUUUCCUAGCAAUCGAAUACAAUGCGGAGGUGGAUAUGGACUCGGUGCAGCUAGCAAGCGAUGCAUCGUACGGUGAUCAUGCAGACCGGAAAAGCUCUGCAGGCUAUAUCUGCCAGGUCUACGGCGGACCUGUAGACUGGAAAGCCACCAAGCAGCGGACGGUGACAACCUCAACCACCGAGGCCGAGCUUCUCGGUCUAUCUGAAGCCGGCAAGCAUCUCCAAUGGUGGAGAAGACUGCUUGGCCGAGUGGGCUUCGAGGCAUCGCACGUCCUCACCAUUGAGUGCGAUAAUGAGAGAGCUAUUGGUCUGAUCACUGCCGACGAUGCUAGCUUCGACACGAAGCUUCGGCACGUUGAUAUUCAUCACCUUUGGCUGAGACAGGAAGUGAAGGCGGGACGCGUCGCCGUACGCUGGGUCCCGACAGCGAAAAUGGUCGCUGAUGGCCUGACGAAGCUGCUUUCUCGGCAGAAGCAUGCAAGCUUCGUCAAGCUCUUGCGGAUGGUCGAAAUUGGAGACCUGGUCAUGAAGAAAUGA